CAGGAAGUUUGCCUCAAUGGCUGAAUUAGUCAUUGAACGGAUCUGUUCCACCCUGCAGUGGUGUAGGUGAAACUGUUACUAGGGUUAAAACCUCCUCCUUCGGCUGCACCCCACCCCACCCCACCGAGCAUGUUCAAAACCAACGGCAUUUAUGUAGUGUGUUUUAUUGGUGAGAGAAAAAGGGGCUUUAUUUUUUUACAGCAGGAACAAUAUGGCAAGUUUUAAAACUCAUUAUUUUCUCCUGGGGUUCUCGUUUAUGGUGUCCACCAUAUCCGUCAAAGCAUGUGUUCAUAAGGUGGAGGCAGCAGUGCCUGAGGAGUUAAAGGCUGGAUACAUAAUCUCAGCAGUUAACUUGCAGCACUGCUUAAACACCACACUCUUGGAACUUACUACCAGUGAUCCAGACUUUGCCAUUCAACAAGAUGGCCUCCUCUAUGCAGUACAUUCAACCAGGAUACGUUCUGGAGAAAGGGCUUUUUUAAUAUGGCUUCAAGACCAACAAUCUCUCCAGAAGUGGAAAAUAGAUGUCACAUUGUCAGUUGAACACAAUAAGGUAAAGAGAGAGGUAACCCUGAGGCGCUCCAAAAGACGAUGGAGACCACUACCUUUUUCCAUUAGAGAGAAUGAGUUGACACCAUUUCCAAAAGAAAUUCAACAGAUCCAAUCUGACAGUUCACAGAAAUACAAUAUCAUUUAUAAAAUCUAUGGUCAGGGAGUGGACCUACCGCCCAUAGGUUUGUUCUCUGUGGUGCCAGAAACUGGAAUGUUGAAAGUACACAAAGCUGUGGACCGUGAACAAAUUGCUGAGUACAAAUUCUUUGCAGAAGCAAAAACAAGCGAUGGCAUUAAGAGAGAUCAGGAUCUUGAUAUAACUAUUAAAGUUGAAGAUGAAAAUGAUAAUCGCCCUGAAUUUCCUGAUGGUGUUAUUACUCUCUCUGUACCUGAACACUCUGAAAUUGGUGCUAUUGUAGGACAAGUAAAUGCCACAGACCGAGAUGAGCCUGGUUCACUUUUUACGCAAAUAGCUUACAGAAUUAUUUCCAACACUGACCUGUUCAGUAUUCAGUCAGAAACAGGAGUUAUUUUUACAGCAUCUACUGUAUUGGAUAGAGAGACGAAAGACACCUAUGAACUUACAAUAGAAGCCAAGGAUUGUAAAGGCCAACAUUAUGGACUGUCGAAUACAGGAACUGUUAGGAUUGUAUUAACAGACAUAAAUGACAAUCCACCUACAUUCAAAGCCAAAAAAUAUGAAGCGAAAGUUGAAGAAAAUAAGAAAGAUGUUCUCAUUUUACGAAUUCCAGUGGAUGACAAGGAUUUGGUUAAUACAUCUAAUUGGAAAGCUAAGUUUGUUAUAAAAAAGGGUAAUGAAAAUGGAAAUUUUAGAAUUGAAACCGACCCUGUCACAAAUGAAGGACUUCUGUAUGUUAUUAAGCCAUUCGACUAUGAGAAAAAUACAACUGUGAAGUUGGAGGUGGCAGCUGAGAAUGAAGCAAAACUGGUUGGCACCAAAAGCACUUGGGCCACCAUUCCAGUGGAUGUUAGUGUGGUAAAUGUGGACGAGGGCCCAGAAUUCGAAACACCAAAUUAUUUUAUUCGCUUUAAAGAAAACGAGCCAAACGGAACACUUAUUGGGACCUACAAAGCAUUUGACCCAGAAACUAAAAGCAGUGUUGGUAUAAAAUAUUAUAAAAUAUCAGACCCUGCAUCAUGGGUACAAAUCGAAGAAACCACUGGCAAACUCCUAGUAGCUAACAACAUGGAUCGUGAGUCAUCAUUUGUGACGAACGGCAUGUACAAUAUCACAGUCAUUGCUGUCGACCAGAGUUCAAAAACAGGCACUGGCACAGUAAUGAUAUAUUUAGAAGAUGAAAAUGAUAACAACCCUGUCAUCACCAAUAAAGACUUGGUGAUUUGUGAGCAGUAUGGACGGUUAGGAUAUGUAAAGGUUGAAGCACAGGAUAAAGAUGCCGAGCCUUUGUCAUCUCCUUUUGUAUUUGGCUUCCCAAAGGACCGUGAUAGAAAUUGGAAGAUUACAAAUGAAAAAGCCACCUCCAUACACCUUGAACAAGCAACAGAACUACCUACUGGUACUUACAAUGUCCCUGUGAUUAUUCGUGAUCAACAAGGCAAAGGUGAACAACAGAUCGUAACAAUCAGAAUCUGCAAAUGCAUCAGUGGGCAGUGUGUCGCAAGCCAGACCUCAACUGCACUUGGAGUAUGGGGGAUCGUGGCAUUGCUGUUAGCUAUAGCUUUAUUAUUGCUGCUCUGUAUUUUGUUAACCUGUUUCUGUGGGAAGAAGAAAGAAAAACUAGACAUUGAUAAUGGAGCUGAGGCAGUGCUGAUCAAAUCUAAUACAGAGGGACCAGGUGAAGAAGUAAUGGCUCCAAAUUUCAAGAUGUCUGCACAACAAGCCGCUCAUCAACAGGAAACACAAUUUCUAGAGCAGUCUGGAAGUGGUUUGCAAGAUAUUAGGCUCUCUGACUUCCAGAAUGUUAAUAAUAUCUAUGGUAGUGAAACUCUGGGGGAUGGUAUGCAGAAUGAUCCUAGCUCAUUCCUCUCUGCCACCAACAGCACCUUCCAAACUAACUAUGGACAACAGUUUGGAGGUGGAUUUCAGCAUUAUGCAGAUCAAAAUAUUACCAGUAUUUGGAGAACAAAUGGCUUGAUGAUUGAUCAGAAACUGAAUGGCUUUGUCACAGAACACAAGGACAGGUUUGCCGAAGACAUUAGGCACGUUUAUGGCUUUGAAGGCAGAGGCUCAUUUGGUGGAUCUGUGGGGUGCUGCAGUGACCUAAAUGAUGACAAUGGAAUAGAAUUUUUAAAUACAUUGGGACCAAAAUUCAGAACAUUGGCACAAAUUUGCACAAAUAAAUGAAGACAUGAUGAGGACUAACUAGUUGGGCUUUUAAGAGAACCUCUUGCAAUCAGACCGAAAUGAUUCAGUGUUUACAAAAUAUGGACUAUUUUACACAGGCUGGAGUGAUUUGGGGUUUUGGUAUUUGAUGAACAUUUAAUCUAACACUGAUUUUGCUACUGUAAUCUCCCAUAAUAACCCACCCAUUCAAAAUGUGUUACUAUUGUAAGAUGCUUCUGUUCUUGUCUACAGACAAGCCUGCUAAUACUUAGAAGCUUCAUUAUUGUUAACUCUCAACUGUCAAGCACAGACAAUGGUUGAAUGAGUUUUUUUUUGGUGUGCCUUUUUGCUAUCAACUUUAUUGUUUUUUGUAAAUGAGUAUUGGUAGUGGGAUUGUUUAAAAUAAUGUACAAUAUGCAUUGGAAAGCUACAUGAGCAUUUCCUACCUAGCUUGGAGCACUGCUUGCUGUGCAACAGUAAAACAAUGUCAGUUUGUUCAAUUUCAGUCUUUAUUUUAGCAUUGUACUUUUAAAAUCCCAAAUUAUGACCAAAGCUUACAAAUACUGUAAAAACCUUUUGUAUAAGUCUAUUUUCUAGGUGUUUUUAGGGGGUUCUAAAAAGGGGGGAAUGACUUGUACACUGGUAUGACCUAUAGGCCUUUUUUCCUGAAAUUGUUCUCAAAAAAAGGGGGAGAGGGGGGCGACUUAUACGCCGUUUUUUAUGGUAAGUAUGCAAUUGUAUGAAAGAUGUGUUUUAUAAUUACAUGUAAAAGGUUUAUACUUACUGUCAUCAGUUUUUUGUUUUUAAAAACACCUUCAUAUCAAGCUCACUGCUGUUCCCUCAGUCUAUGUUUUACUUGAUCUGAUACAAUAUCUCACACGGUUACAGUUUACCAACAAGUUCAGAACUAUCCUAUAUAAGAAAUUCUGCUCCUGAUUGAAAAUGAAUUCCAGUUCUGUUGGUGUUAAGUACAGUAUGUGUAUUGUGGUGGUGGUGGUGAUGAAAAUUAAAAAUAAUUUACUAUUAAUGCUGUAUGUACACUUUGAGAAUCUAGAAAUCUGUUCUGUAUAAAUUUGCGUACCUUUUUGCUGACAAUUCAAUGUUCCUUUUUUAUACCUGUUUUUUUUAAUGAUAAAUUAGAAUGAAUUGCUGUAGAAGGUGUAAUGAUUUUCUUUUUUGUACAGCUAAAGUUUCAAAGAUAAAUAGUAUACUACUCAAAGAGGUACAAUCUUAAAAGGUAUUUUGCAUGGCUUAAAUACAUUGUUUGCAAAGAUAUUUCUAGUUUUAUUGCCCAGCUGAUGCUUAAGUAUUUAUGCACAGCUCUUUAUGCUUUUCACCGUAAGGGUCUUGAGUUGUAUGGGUUGGUACCGUGAAUGAAAACAUGUCUUGAUGGUAACCAUAUAAUUGGUUGAUUGUAUUCCAAAGGAAAGUGUUUAGCAACAGUUUUCUUUCAGGAAAACACUGCUAUAUUGUAUUAAUGUUCUUUAAUAAGCUGUAUAUGAUUUAAUUCUUGGAUUUCUUUUUUGGACUUUUUUGAUUUAUAAAUAAAUACAUACUUCUU